GAGAUCUUGGACCGUCGACGGUGGUGGAAUGCGCAACGGACGAUGCCAGAAUUAUCCACCACCUCUUAGUAUUCGUCGAGGCAGCAUCGUGAAUGGUAAAGGCGAGAAUCUAAUCGUGCGAUACCUACAGACGCGAAUCUUUUCUUUGUGUUCGACGGUCGAAUCGGAAAGCUUUUACUCCGGAAAAUAGGACAUUAUACGUUUUGUCGCGAGGUUGAAGGCUGAUUCCUGGUGGUUCCUAGAGAUACAGUUUCCUGUGGAUUAUAAGUGAUAUGUUUUAAGAAGUGACACAUUUUUCAGCAACCGACAGCUGAACAGUUUCCCAAACAGUGCUCAGUGUAUGUGCGGCAAGCUGAAUGAAGAAAAUGUCAAGGAAAGCAUCGUGAAUCUUUCGUGAUAGAAGAAGUGAACGGAAGAAAGCCAAGUGUUCCAACAAGUUAGUGUUAAAAGGGUGAAACGAAUCGAUCCAGGAUUAACUACCUUCGUAUUGCGAACGCGACAGAUGAUGAAAGUCGAGCCAACGCAAAUUAAGCCCACAAUGUAUACAACAAACGUAAGGUUGUAGGCGUAUUACUGGAAUCAGCUGGUGCAACAGUUCUUACAAUAAAUCGUUUAUGUGAGUGGGCAGUGGGAGUAUAAUUGCGUUACAGGAAUAAAGUUAAGUGAAUACGUUUAUAGCAAAACCGUUGGAAAGCAAGUGUGAUGGUGCGUCAGGAGUAGAGAAGAAUAUUCCAUCCAUGGACUUAUGAAUAAAGUUUUAACUGAUUGUGCAACAAAGAUUAUUAAUCAGCUUGAGUCUAUCCAUCAAACUGAUAUCUUUAGGUCAUCACCACGAAAGACAACGUAAACGGAGCCUUCAUGUUCCCCAGAAAACCGGUCCUGAAAAGAUAUCCGAGUGUCGUCCUGUGAAACUCCACUGCGAAAGUGUUAACAACCCAAGUGUGAAAAGUUGCCACACAUCCAAUAAAGUGCAGCAUAAUUACCCCUCGAAAAAAAGAGGACCCAACCCAACGGGCAUAUCAAACAAAAAGGUGCUGCUGCUCUGUUGCUCGAGCGUUCCGUUCGACACUUUAGCUCAAGUGCUUUUUGGUUCGUUAUUUAACUCAAGUGAAAAAUAUGAUUUUGUAUCACAUCAUACCGUGCGUCGUCAUGUGCAGUGGUGGUUGAUGUUUCCCGGGAAACUUUUUUAUUAUUUCUACAGAGUGGCAUUGAAACCAGUAGUGGCAGUAGGUAAAAGUGCACUAUAAUAGUGCUUGGCAACAACGGUAAAAAAAAACGCAAUCCUCCGAGCGGAAAGUAUUAAUAACUGGAACAGGCCAGCAACAGCUCCUAGUGCUCCUGGCGGCAUCAACCUGGUACAUACAUUGAUGUCCUUCAUCAUUGUCGUUGUCGUCUUCGUCAGUGCUUCCGGUGGACAACGGACUGGACUGUGGUAACGGGAAUUAAACCACAUGGCCUCUGCCACCAGAGAGCGCACCGUGUGCUGCUUUCCUCUCAGUGAUAAAUGGCGUGACAGAGCUUAAAUUUGAUACCGAACCAGACCUAGGACCUAGAAAUGAAAAUAAUUGCCCCUGCUUUAGAUUGCGGACCUAGGCCAAAAACCGAACCUAACCGUUAUUAAAUGCAUAAAUUUCAUCCUGACUAUCGAAGCUGAACCCAGUGGAAGGACUAGCACAUUGCUGCACCGCACCAUCCUACUGACGUAUGCACACAUCUAGAUGCUGGGGGCGGAGGUAACAACAUUGAAAGCUCUAUGCAGUUCAGUGAAUCAGAAAGCAGCGCAACCCCCCUUCAAUAUCAGCAAGAACAACAACCACGACAACCAAACGAAAAGUGAUCCCCUGUGGGUUUGAAUAGGUGCAUUGGUAACGUGUGUGUGGGAAAAGAGGGGAUACGUCCAAGCGGAAAGAGGCCUUGUGGUUUCCUAUGUUUGCAAUCCGAAUCAAAUCAAUACCGGCGAUGUGUUCCAGAGUUAGCACAAGCAUCAGCAGUAGCAGUAAUGUUCUGAUAGUUGGUGCUCUGUUUUUAAUAAUUGUAGAAAUAAAUCAAACCGAUUGCAAUUUCAUACUGCCCAAUGUGGGUACUGCUUCGGGUGGGUUGCUGAACAAUGACGAUGUUAGCAUUAGUACCAGCAGUAGUAGCGAGAAGAUAGCCUCCAGUUAUGACGAAACGACCAGCAGCUAUUCGACGGCUGCAGGGGGAUCUACAGGAAGCACCAGUAGUCCCAGCUCCAUCAGCAACAAUGCCUCUUCUGCCACAGCCUCUUCGCCCAAUCAGAAUGCCAGCACGCUAAACGGCUUCGAAGGGCAGAUACCCCUGGAACGAUUGCCAUCCAAUACUUUGCUCAAGUAUACUGCCUACAAGGACGUUUCGAUUCUACACUUCCGUAUACCGACCGAUACCCGUACCGCCUUCUUUAGUUUUAAGGCAUACGAAGAGUCAAAAAGUGCCUUUCAACGUGUGUGUCAACCGAACGACAUAACGUUACACCUGAAAGCUGGCAGCUAUCCAGUGAUAAGCCCGGAAAAUAUAACUUUCCCGAAGCAUUUCCUCAGUGCAGAUGAAAGAUUCGAGAUACACAAUUUACAAUUCAAAUCCGACAGCAUAACGAGACGACUGAGCAUAGAUGGGCCUCAUCCGGGCAAUUGGUUUGCGGUGGCAUUCAUCAGCUGGACCGAUCCAAACAACGAGCGCAUCGAACAACAAGGGCUCGCUCCGUCCUGCGAGACGCUUCUCAUGUCGGAAAUGGCAGUGGCACGUAUCACGCCGGUAAUCCUUAAUGCCCGCACCUCACAUCGAGAUACGCUGAGCGUCAAUCAAACCGAGCCCAAAAGUUACAAAUUUUUCGUCCCGAGUGAUAUUUCGAUGGUCACGUGGCGGCUACAAAUCAAACGUCCAUGUAACGACUGCAGCGAUGUGAGCUUCGCCGUGCAAGCGCACGCUUUACCAACGCACAAAGAUUACCUGCAGAAUGCUAUAAUUUGCCCAAAUCAGACGGGAGACAUCAGCAUUGACUUCUAUCCGCAGGAAAGUGCAUGGCACUACGUAGAUGUAGACUUCUUGAACGAAUCGGACGGAGGGCACUCGAAUCGGUCGACCGCCGAAACGAAGGACCUCGAACUGGAGUAUGUCAUAGAAAUGGAAUUUGAGUCGUCUAUCGUGGAAUCAUCGGAAGAAGAACAUAAGGAAUCAGCUGAAGAGAGUGGACAGCAGACCGCGGAGAAGGUGUUACAGCGUAGAGGCUUUGAACAUUAUGCACUACUGCGACAAACAUAUCGCGAGUUCUUUAUGUUUGACUACGACCUCUUACCGGAUAUAAAUGGAACCGUACCACUGACGUUGAACCUGAGUGCAGGGACACCGGCUUUGAUGAAAUUCGACGUGAACGAUGUCUACGAUAUUGGUGGUACGUUGAGCUUUGCGGUGGCUAUGCGUCAAGACAUGAAAAGCAUUCUGAUUGACGCUCACCAAGCGAAUAGUAACGACCACGUCGGAGUAGUCGCUGAGAAAUUGAUUGAUAUUCAAGAGAACUUUGUGGAAGAAACGACAACGACAACCAGCACAACGGCAGCGCCAACUAACGCAGCACAGGAAACCAACCGAAGUAAUCAGACCGUAAUCGUUUGCAUGAGAAUUGGUGAACCAGGGAUUCCAACGUGGCCGGACAAAUGUAUCUAUGGAAGGCAUAUUUUCCCAGCAGCGAUUACAAUCAACAAUACAGACUCUGAUACCAGCACUGGCUUGGUCCACAUCCCGUUUCCAGAACCUGGAAAGUGGUAUGUGACACUGGGAAUCUUUUGCCAUGGAGCAGAAACAGCAGCCAGGAUAACAGUCAUCGACAGUGUGAAAGAGUUUAUCAAGAAAUAUCGCGAAAUAUUGUUAGACAUGAAGCAGCCAUGUUCUUGCGCGGAAUUCGCAAACUACUAUAGAGAAUGUCUGGGAAACGACAGUUGUUUGGCAAAAAUGAAUGAAACAGAAACAUUGAAGAUCAAAGAGUGUAUUAUGGAUGCGAAGUGUACCGAUGUGUCUGACGAAAUGGCCAAGAAAUUCGAAGUUCAUCACAAGUUUGCUACUGAACAAAGUGUCGCUGCUGACGCUAGUUGUAAUGGAAGCGUAGUGUUUACAAUUUCCUCUAGUCCUUGUGUGGCGGGUCGAUGUGGGCGGUUCGGCCGAUGUUACCACUACAUGUCUGGUGGUUUCGUAUUCUCGACAUGCUUGUGCUUACGCAAUUAUCGUGGCUGGGAUUGUACCGAAGACUCUCAAGUUCCGUCCAGUACAUCGAUUCUUCUUGCCUCGCUAAUGUUAACCCUUUCAAAUUUACUGUUUUUGCCUAGCAUUUUCUUUGCGGUUAAACGAGGCUACUAUACAGAAUCGAUCAUCUAUUUCUUUGCAAUGUUCUUUUCGACAUUUUACCAUGCCUGUGAUUCGGGCGAAGAAGAAUUCAGCUUCUGCCUUGUCAAGAUCGGCGUACUACAGUUCUGUGAUUUCUACUGUGGCUUGUUGGCAAUUUGGGUUACCCUGAUUGCCAUGUCAAACAUUCGACAUCAGUUUGUUUCACUGUUACACAUGCUGGGAGCAAUUCUUCUUGCCUUUGGAACUGAGCUAAACAAACAGUCGCUUUGGGUGUUUCUUGCUCCAGCGUUAACGGGAAUCUGCCUAAUCUCCGUAAGUUGGGGUCUUCGUUGCCGUAAAACGAAGAAAUGUUUCCCUUCGCGAGGCUACUUAGCAGUGUAUUUGCCAAUCGGCAGUGUGCUAGUAAUGGUCGGCCUCGUCUGCUAUGCCUUUUUACAAACCAAACAAAACUAUCAUAUUGUCCACUCGAUCUGGCAUAUGGUGAUGGCUUUGAGCAUCCUCUGCCUACUCCCCAGUAGGAAAACCUUUCAACCAAAAUGCUAGCAUACGGUGAUGAUCUACCUUUUAAACUCUUCCUCGCAAUCGUCCAACUCGAUGUCCACGGCAACUACUUCGGGAACUAGCCCGAAUGGAAGCGCCACCACUACAACAGUGGCAUCACCAUCGGCGGCCAUUGCGGGAGAGGAAAUCUCCACCAUCACCGGUCCACGUGGAGAUAUCAAUCCUAUUAAUUGCACACUACAGCGCAACAGUUCCGUCGCGACAGCUAUUACCGAAAUCACUCCGUCGCCAUCACUUGUAAAUAAUCUAUCCGACGGCACAACCGGCAACAACAGCAUGUCGUUGUCCUCUACGUAUUCAUCACUCGCUUCCGCCAGCACCACUGUCACCGUCGCCAGUGGCACGAGAUAAGGUCCGGGGAAAGGCAUUAAUUAACACUCCGUACCACCCGCGCUCAUAUGGCGACGGCAACAGCAAAAACAAGCACCACUGUGUUUUAGGAUUUAAGCAUGACCCAAACUGAUGUUAACUGUUUCUGUAUAGCACCGAGAACGAAAUUGAAUGAACGCCACUUUCUCGUCAGGGAAAAAAGGCGGAUAUGACGCCGUGCACGAAUUACGUAAUGCUGCUGGGGAAGGGAAGGGAUCAACCGUAGCUUUACGAUCCGUACACAAAUUUCAGAAGGUCCAUACAAAAAAAUACAAAUGAGGGAGAGACAAACAUGAUAAGUUUCAGCGUUAUGUAAUUUGUGUACGGUGCCUAUAGAGAGGGACGAGAUCUCGCGUUUAGUAUUAUGGAGGUAGAUACCAACCGCGAUACAGAAAUCGAUCAUUGCAGUUAGAUACAUCCAUACGAAACUAAGCCGUU